AUGGCGCCUAAAAUAGUUCAAAGUGAUCCACUUUUUAUUGGUGCUUCUGAUAGCUCAAGUGCAGUACUUGUUCUAAUCAAGUUAGCUGGUUCAAAUAAUUAUAGUUUAUGGUGUCGAUCGAUGCGUAUUGCUCUCUUAGGAAAGAUAAAAUUUGGAUUUGUCACUGGAACCUAUAUCCAGGAGUCAUAUAAAGAGGAGCUACAUGAGCAGUGGGAAAUAUGUAAUGCAAUUGUGCUUUCCUGGAUCAUGAACACUAUGAGUGAAAGUCUGUUAUGUGGAAUUAUUUAUGCCAGAAAUAAUUAUGCAAUAUGGGAAGAUUUGAAGGAUCUUUUCAAUGUCAAGGUGAAGGGGAUUGGUAGACAAGAGGGUGCACUAUAUUAUACACAAGCUUCCUCAUCUAAAGAAGAUGUCACUGGCUUCUUGAUCCCCACAGAUGAUGAAAUAUUUCUUGAGACAGCCACUGAUAGUAUUACUGAAGAAGCUCCAAUUGAGGAGGAAAGCAUUUCUGAUGCUGCAGUACUUGGUGUAGCUUCACUUGGCACCACUCAUGAUGAAAUAUGUCAAGAUGACUGUUCCCUACCUUGA